AACAAAUUUUAGUUCCACUUCCUUAGCAAAAAUAAAAAAAUUAAUUAAAAAAUAAAAUUUUAUUUAUUUAUUUAUUAGUAGUAUUAAAACUUUAAACACCUUCGUUCUUUGCUUACGGGACUUUGCUUUCUCUCUCUAAAAAACUUUCUAUGCAAAUUCUCUCUUUCUCUCUCUUCUAAAGCUUCAAACACAGAACAACCAGAAGAAGAAAAAGAACCUCACCGUCGUGAAAAGAUUUGAAAGGAAUAAAGUGUUGAAUAUUGAUGGAUGGUAAAAGAGCCAACGAUGGGGUGAUAGUCCCCAGAAAGGGGAUAGGAAGCAGUAUGUUAAAAGAUACUGUAAACACUCGAAAUGGUCAAGUAUGUAGCCGCCUUGGUUGCAGCAGCAAAGUCGGCUCUUCUAAAGGUUCUCAAAUUGGUUCGUCUGAAAAGGGUAAAUCUUUGCGGCCCUCAUUUCGAUUCUCAUCAAAUGGUAAGGAAACAAUUGGUAGCUCCUCUAGAACUUCCUCAGGGAGUAGUAACGUAGGAAAACCCCAUAGAAAGCCUCAGAAAACAUUAUCAUCUCAUUUAGAGAUAGAUUCAUCUGAAACUAGUAGCGUACAAGAUGACCCAGAAGUUUCAAAGCCCACACCUCCACCUGAAAAAAGUCAGAGGGGUCUUCAAGUUGAGGGUGAAACACGGGUUCAGGAAGUAGGGAGUUCUAGUGUAGCAUCUAAUACAAGAUCUAGGAGGAAUUUUCAUCCGAAACCUGGAUUACGUAGUCAAGAAAUUCAAAGCACGGGUCCAGGGACACGUGCUGGUACCAAUAGGUAUGGGUUAAGAAACCUCAAAUGCAACUCAGUCUCUGAUGUCGUCCCUGCCGGCUGUGCGCCAUCAGAUUCAAACCUUAGCAGAAGAAAUGAUUCUAUAAAAAAGAGAAAUUGUGAAGGGGAAAGUAGUUCUACAGCUAGAGGGAAAAAAAUUAGUGGGCCCUCAGGCGAAGGACGAAAUUCUGUUUCCCGAAAUGGCAUAUCUAUCUCUGAUUCAAGAAUAUCUAGAAAUGCCCCUAACAGGGAAAGGCCAGACAACAACACGGUGUCUGUUAGGACACGAAGAUCAAUUGGCGGUCAUGCUAGGGGGAGGCUUUCUGGUCAAGGAAAUACUAAUCCCGUGGCACCUAAUCAGCAGUCUCUUAUCAUGGUACCUUCAUUUUCUCAUUCUGGCAAUCGUAAUGCUCUUGGUGUACAAGAUCGUAGUUCUUCGGAGACUCCUUCAAGUCCAAGCUCUUACAGUGGAGCAGGUACUGGCAGCGAGGAGUUAUACGGUGUUAUAACUCCUACAGAAUAUAGUCUCACUCAUUCUCUAAUGAGUCGGGAUAGCUUUCGACGACGCUACAACAUGGAUGGUAUUGCAGAGGUAUUGUUGGCACUUGAGAGGAUUGAACAAGAUGUCGAGCUGACACACGAGCAAAUUCUUUUGCUGGAGUCCAACUUGUUCCUUACUGGAUUAAACUUCUACGAUCAGCAUAGAGACAUGCGACUGGAUAUUGACAAUAUGUCAUACGAGGAACUACUUGCUCUGGAAGACAGGAUGGGGACUGUGAGCACAGCUGUAACAGAGGAAGCUCUUUCGGAAUGCCUAAAGAGAAGUUCCUAUCAAUACUCUGACAGUGCAUCUAAAGAUGAUAUCAAAUGCAGCAUCUGCCAGGAGGAAUAUACGUUGGAGGAAGAAGUCGGGAGUCUGCAAUGUGAGCACAAGUAUCACAUGGCUUGCAUACAGCAAUGGCUGCGGCUGAAGAACUGGUGCCCUAUUUGCAAAGCAUCGGUGACACCGUCAAGUUCACCGUCGUCCCACUAGUUACUGUUAGGCCAGACAAUGGAGAUUGAUUUCUUUCUACCUAAGUCUUCUUUCUUUUCAUUUUGAUUACCACUUGUACAAAAUGCAGUUUCUCUUGACCUCUUGUUAUUGGUCUUUUGUACAUAACCAAUAUCUUCAUACCAUUUAUCAAAUAAUAAUACAAGCCACCGGCUUGCUAGACUGAAACAUCUUGUUAAGCUGAUGGUGCAAUAAUUCAAUCGUAUGUCCUUAGCUA